AUUAUUUCUUCCUUUCUAACUCCUGAACCAGGAAAGAUGGCAGCUUGCAAAGAUUCGGCCUCGGCAAUUGCUGCAACUGAAGAUGAAGUAUCAGCUCCGACUCCAACCCCUACCUCAACCCCUACUUCAACCCCAACCCCAACCCCAACCCCAACCCCAACUCCAGCCUCAACCCCAACUAACACCCUCGACUCCCCCGUCAAGCAGAUCCAGAUCGAAGGGCUGGUUGUGCUGAAGAUCAUUAAGCACUACCAGGAGGAAGGGCAGGGUAAUGAAGUGGUCCAGGGAGUGCUUCUAGGACUUGUGGUGGAGGACAGGCUAGAGAUUACCAACUGCUUCCCUUUCCCUCAGCACACAGAGGAUGAUGCUGACUUUGAUGAAGUUCAGUACCAGAUGGAGAUGAUGCGCAGCUUGCGCCACGUAAACAUCGACCACCUCCAUGUUGGCUGGUACCAGUCUACCUAUUAUGGUUCCUUUGUGAGCCGUGCCCUUCUCGACUCCCAGUUCAGUUACCAACAUGCAAUUGAGGAGUCUGUGGUCCUCGUUUACGAUCCUAUUAAGACGGCCCAGGGCUCCUUGUCACUGAAGGCAUACAGACUUACUCCAAAAUUAAUGGAGAUAUGUAAAGAGAAGGACUUCACACCUGAGGGACUCAAAAAAGCCAGUAUCGGCUUUGAGAACAUGUUCGAAGAAGUUCCGAUCGUCAUCAAGAAUUCUCACCUGAUCAACGUGUUGAUGUGGGAGAUGGAGCAAAAAUCUGCUGUGUCAGACAAACAGGAACUUCUCAACCUGUCUAGCAGCAAUCACCUUGAAAAGAGCCUUCAACUGUUAAUGGACAGGGUGGAUGAUAUGAGCCAGGACAUAGUUAAAUACAACACAUUCAGCAGGAAUGUGAGCAAACAGCAGCAGCAGAAACACCAGUAUCUUCAGAGGCGUCAGCAGGAGAACACACAGAGGCAGACACGCGGGGAGCCUCCGUUACCUGAGGAGGACAUCAGCAAGAUGUUCAAACCACCCCAACCUCCUUCAAGAAUGGACACGCUCCUCAUUGCAGGGCAAAUCAACACCUACUGCCAGCACAUCAAGGAGUUUACCUCUCAGAACCUAGCUAAAAUGUUCAUGGCAGAGGCGCUCCAAGGUCACAACGUUUUAAAGAAGAGCUGAAGUGUUCUCAGGGAUAAUGGGUCGUGACAAGCCGACAGAACAAAGAAGUGGAAAGGCAGGGAGCUGACAGAUUUUUCUGAAAAAUGUGUUUUACAUGGAUGUGAUUAAAAAAAAAAAAAAAAAAAAAAGUCAAUUUGGCUUAUUGAUGGCUUGGUUUUAUAGCCCAAGCUGCAUUGGAAAUUAAUAAAUGUGGAAUUUAACCAAUGCAUUUGUCUUUUUAAUAACUACUUUGUUUUAUGAGGCUCACUUGUCUAGACAUGUUACUAAUGAUUUUUGUUUUGUUUUGUUGCAUUUCGAUCAUAAUUACCUGCAAAGAGAGGUUGGCUUGUUGAAUGAAAAUGCUCUAGACUGGUUAAUUUGUAUACCUGUAAUUUCCUGAUAAUUUGAAAGACUUAAUCUCCCCAUUCUGCUGUUCUAAUAAAGCCAGUCGAAGAGCCGAGGCAAAGACAAAAUUAUUUUAAGGUUACUCAAAGAAAGGACAUACUAAUUUCUCAAUACUAAAUUGUCAGUUUUCUUAGGGACUACACUGUGACAAGCUAAAUGUCUCUCUCUUGAAUGACUUGUUAGUGUUACAUUGUGAAAUUAUUCAAACAGUACACAUUUCACUGAACAUUUCAUAAAGUGUGGUAUACAUU